AUGGCCCUCUACCAGCUAACAUUCACAUCGAAGCCCCUGCUCCAAUGGCAGUACACCGCUCCCAUGAACACCUCUGCGGCUCCAAACUCCAACUUUUUCAAGGGCGUGCAGUGGUCGCCGGACGGCACCUUCCUCCUGACCUGCAACGACGAUGCUGUACUGCGUGUGUUCAGCAACGUGCUGGGUACCGGCCCCGACUUGGGCGAGGCCCCCCCCCCGCCCCUCGGCAUCCCUGGCGGCGAGGCGGUGUACGACUACGCGUGGUUCCCCGGGACGGCCGCGGGCGACCCCGCCUCCUGCUGCUUCGCUAGCACCGGGCGCGGCCACCCGGUGCACCUGUGGGAUGCGUGCUCCGGCGCCCUGCGCUGCUCCUACGUCAUCCACGACGCGGCCGACGCGCCCACUGCCGCCCACUCGCUGUCCUUUGCCCCCGACGGCGGCCAGCUGGCGGCGGGGCUGGACCGCGGCAUCCACCUCUUCGACACCGCCCGCCCCGGCCACGCCAGCCGUCGCCUGCCCACCCACGCCCGCGGCGGCGAGGGCCAGCCCGGCAUCGUGGCUGCGCUGGCGCACAGCCCCUUUGACCCCGGCUGGCUGGCCGCGGGGACCACGGGCGGAGCCGCCGGGCUGUACGACGCACGCGCGCCGGAGGCGCUGUGCCUGCUGCAGGGCUGCGCGGGCGCCGGGGUCAAUGCGCUGCGCUGGUCGGCCGACGGGAACUUCCUGUACGUGGGCAGCCGCGGGCGGGGCGGCGGCGUCGCCUGCUGGGACGUGCGCGGCGGCGCCGUGCCCUACGUCAUCCCUCGUGCUCCGGCGGGUGCGGCGCCGCACCAGCGCAUGCAGUUCGACGUCGAGCCGGCGGGGCGCCACCUGGCGGCCGGCGGCUGUGACGGCGCGGUGCGCUGGUACGACCUGCGCGACGGGUCGCAGGCCGACGCCUGCUUCGUGGCGGGGGACACCAUCAACGGCGUCAGCAUCCACCCCGCGCUCCCCCUGCUGGCAACUGCCUCGGGGCACCGCCGCUUCCCCCUCUGCCCCAGCUCCAGCUCGUCCGAGGAGGAGGGGGAGGGGGGCGACGAACCUGGGCCGGCCAGCGAUAGGUCCCUGGAUCUAGCAGAGGCCCCUGCGCUGGGCCUAGGAGAGCAAGGAGGUCAGAGGGAGCGCAGUCCACUGGGCCUCGCUCGCUGCUCACAGGGGGACGACCCCGCGCACGGCUGCAACGUGCUCAGGGUGUGGCUGCUGGAGUCGCAGCCGUUUGACCUGUACUCCGAGCGAUCUGGGAGCGAGCAUGGAGAGGCAAAGAUGUAA